AUGAACCUGCUGGGAGCUGAGCGCCUUCGCCCCACGCCGCCGCGCAGCCUCCGAGGCUUCGAAGGGGAAGACGGCGAAAUCGAUAUUCUGGGAGAGGAAGAAGAUGAAGACGACGACGAGGAGGAAGAAGACCACGUGGAGAUCAAAGUGAGCCCACAGUUCCUAGAGCGGCUGCACCAGCCGGAGCCGCCCGGGGCACGGCAGGGCGCGAAGCCGGGAGAGCGCACCGAGAGCAGCGGUUGCCCAAGCGACUCCCCGGAGUUUGGCACCAAGUUCAGGGCCUCGACCGGGUCUGCGACGGCCUCUGGAGACGCCCCUCAGCCCGCGAAGCCCCCCUACUCCUACAUCGCGCUCAUCACCAUGGCCAUCCUGCAGAGCCCACACAAGCGCCUCACGCUGAGCGGCAUCUGCGCCUUCAUCAGCGGCCGCUUCCCCUACUACCGCCGCAAGUUCCCGGCCUGGCAGAACAGCAUCCGCCACAACCUCUCGCUCAACGACUGCUUCGUCAAGAUCCCCCGGGAGCCCGGCCACCCGGGCAAGGGCAACUACUGGAGCCUGGACCCCGCCUCCCAGGACAUGUUCGACAACGGCAGCUUCCUUCGGCGCAGGAAGCGCUUCAAGCGCCACCACCAGCCCCCGGGAGCCCACCUGCAUCACCCCUACCCCCUCUCCCUUCGCUACCUGCUGCUGUCCGCCCCUGUCUACUCUGAGGCGCCAAGGAAAGUGCAAGGCGGGGACCUGGUGACCCCCCGCGCCGCCCUUGCAGCACUGCAGCCCCCACUGGGCUUCCAGCCUUGGGAGGGGGGCAAGGGGCUGGCAUCGAGACAGAUCGGCGGAUGUCCCUCCUUCAGCAUCGAAAGUAUCAUGCAAGGGAGCCGAGGAGGGGGUACAGCGACCGCGCAGAAUCUGUCCCAGACCCCGUGGGGCUACUGUCACCUGCUGCAGCGCCCGCCCUGCCUGAACUUCAAGUAUUAUUCCCAAGUCCAGUACAAUGUGCUCAUAUCCUUUAUGUCUUUCUGA